CCAUAUCUGCCGCAAACCGCAACACACAAUCCAGAGCGAGGUCGUGGCGUGGACUCCAAAUCCUUCCUCUUCAGGACUCAACAGCGGAGUUCGCUCCGACCACGGGCCCUGCUGCCAUGGCGGCGGCGGCAGAUCUUGAGCCUCAGUUGGGGAUAUCGCCGGCGACACCCGACAUUGUCCGCAAGCUAGCUCGACCGUCCGGGACAACCACCGCAGUUGGCUAUUGCUGCACUGCUCUGUACACCAGCACGGCUGCUGGCCCCGGAAAGGUGGACGGCGAUGGCCUUGCCUCGGUGCCGUUGCAUGCCCAUGAACAUUCUCAGUCCGCCGCACUGGAUAAUUUGGUCCAAGUGGACUGUGAUCCCGUGGGCACUCAGGAGUCCAGCACCUUGCCUGCACUGGUGGGCGAGUCCUCUGGCAAGGUUGCACAGCAAGAGCAGCAGCACAAGGAAGGUGUUGAUAGUGCCAGAGAUGCAGGUGCUGCUUCUCCUGCCCCUACUUCUACUCCGGAGAACAUGGAGCCCACACCUCGGAGGAGGGGGAAGAAGUCGACCAAGGGGGUUCAACGUCUCAAAGUGGCCAAAGAUAAAGUGAUGAAGCUCAAGGUGACCACGCCUAGUACAGUAAAAAAGAAGAAAAUGACAGAGGAUGAUAUUCAACAUAUUGGUGCCCACAGGUCUAAUAGUGCAAGACGCAAGUUAGAUUUGGAUUUACAUUCAUCAGAAAGUAAAACAUGUUUCAGCAGAGCCGAGCUGAUGAUUAAUUUGAAGUGCAUUGGCAAGAGUUAUGGUUUAAUCAGUGAACUGACUACACAUAAGAGGAGCAAGAGAGGGAAAAAAAGGAAAAUGAUGGUAGGAAACAAGGAAAGUGGUCAGCUAGCACUUUUGCCUUACAACUGGACUACAACGGUUGCGGUAUCACGCCCUCUAACUCAUGUAAAGAAAUUGCGGGCUAAGGUUUUGGGCCUUACUGAUGAAACAAUGCGGGUUUGUGCUGUUUUGGCAAAUUGGAAUGGGAGCGACAAUGAAAGUUUUGAAGGUUUUGAUAUUGGCAAUGGACCCGAAUGGGAUACAACAAGACAAAUGUUUGAACAAUUUGUGGAUAUAUUCAUUAAUGCUAUGUUUGAUCUAAUUGGGCCUAGAAAAUAUUCUCAGUGGGGAGGAUCCCUAAUUGAUUCUGUGGUGGGUACUUUCCUUACACAGAAUUCUGCUGAUAAUUUAUCAAGCCAAGCUUUUAUGAAUAUAGCGGCGAAGUUUCCUAAGAGUGAGAGACACUGUCAAGAUAAUGCGACUCAAUUAAUAGAUGGUGUCGAUAGAAAAAUGAAGUCAAAAGAAGCAUUUGAUAACUUUGACUUGGUUCAUUCACAUUUUGAUGAAUACAUUAAAUCUGAGGAAGAAGUUGACUUUGAUAAAAAGGUGAAAAGUCAAUACGGCGAAGACUACAAUAGAAUUAUAGGAAAUUUUGCUGCAAGUAUGAAGCAGAAAAACAUCUCUACUUGGGACAGUGAUCUUAUGAAUUUAGUGAAAGAUAAAUAUGGAAAUCCAGUGUGCGACGAGAACAACUUGAGAAAGAUCUUAGCUUCACUACGACAACCAGUCACAGCAUCUAAUUGGAAAGAGUUACAGGAGGAAGCAUAUAAAAAAGGAUACAAUAACAAAAGUCAAACUGAAACAAGUGAUGUUGUAGAUUGGGAAUCAGUUCUAAACGCUCCAUUUUCUGAGGUUGCAAAAUGCAUUGCAAUCAGGGGACAGCACAACAUUUUGGCUGUGCGGAUACUGGCUUUUCUCGACCAUGUAAAGAAAGCUCAAGAUGGAAGCUUUGACCUAGAUUGGCUUAGAUUUGUAUCACGUGAAAAAGCCAAAAAAUUUCUGCUUAGUAUACAUGGGAUUGGAGUGAAAAGUGCUGACUGCAUUUGCCUUUUGUCAUUGAGGCAUAGAGCAUUUCCAGUUGAUGUCAAUGUAGCUCGCAUAGUGACAAGGCUAGGAUGGGUCAAACUUCAGCCCUUAAACGGUGCUGAUUUCCACCUAAUUGACCUUUAUCCGAUCUUGGAUGAUGUACAAAGGUAUUUAUGGCCUCGAUUGUGCACCAUUGAUAAGGAAAAGUUGUAUGAACUGCACUGUCUUAUGAUAACUUUUGGAAAGGUAGUUUGCAGGAAAAAAAAUCCAAACUGCGGAGCUUGUCCUUUCAGUGCAAGUUGUAAAUAUUACAAUAGUUCACUUGCCAAAAAGUCGCUACCUCUUCCAGAGAAGCAUGAACAAGGAGAACAGCAAACAAGCAUGGUUGCUUAUGGGAGUUGCACACCAAGUUCUCAACAAAUGUAUCGGUAUCAAAUUGCAAUAAGCAGCACUACUACUGAAACACCACCCAUCCAUAGCUGCGAGCCAAUUGUUGAGAUGCCACCAAGCCCAGAAUAUGAAUACAAUGAAACACCUAAUGAGCAAGAAGAUUUCUACGAAGAUUAUGCAUGUGAUAUUGAAGAUUUUGCACCAGGAGUACAAUAUGAUUCUGAAAUAAAUAUUUGUUCAAACAAGCAUACGCUGAACAAUAAUUCUUGGACACCGAACUGUGGGAAGGACUUGGCUGUGAUCAAUCCAAAGUGUAGCUUUGGCCAAAGUAAAAAACUAAAAAAUACCGGUCGUCUUAGGACAGAACACAAUGCAUACGUCCUCCCAGAUGGUCAUGUAAUCCUAGAAGAGUUCGAAGACAGAGUUCCGGGAGAUAGAUGUCCUUACCUACUAGUGGUUAUUUCAUGUCCUGAUGACUACAAAGUUAAAGGCACGGUUCUGAUACCGUGUCGGACAGCAAAUAGAGGAAAGUUUCCACUGAAUGGUACCUACUUCCAGGAAAAUGAGGUUUUUGCAGAUUACUCAUCUAGCCGAAACCCAAUAACUGUACCUAGGGAAUGUAUUGGGAUGCUGGAGAGAAGCAUUGUAUACUUUGGUUCAUCUAUACACUCGAUCACAAAAGGUCAAACAAGGCAAGAUAUACAGGAAUGCUUGAAGGAAGGAUAUAUCUGUGUACGGUCGUUCCACCGGAAGACCAGAAUACCACUACGCCUAUGUAGCACACUACAUGCUACCAACACCAAACCUGCUCGUGAGAAGCCUAUGAAGCGGACUAGGACAUCGCCGGAGGGGAAGAAGAACGGGACAUCGCCGGAGGGGAAGAAGAACGAGAGCCUCUUCUGAUGCUUGACUUCGUGUACAAGUUGUAGCUGAAUGUUCCUCAAAAUAUAGGAUUAACUAGUUCUGUAACACUAACACCCCGGCUUGGUUAUGACUUAGAAACUGUUAGGCCAUGUUUGGUUCACAUCUCCUAAAGUUUAGUCACUUGUUUAAAAAUGUUAAAGGAGGUAACUAAAAAAAACCUCUUAAAUAGGACAUUAUAGGGACUAAUGUUUAGUUCCUAAAAUUUAGGAGAUGACUAAAGGAACCAAACAUAGUUUACUAAGCCUUAGUAAACGUGUGAAUAAAUGCCUCUCUUGUGUGGCGGCUAUUUUUA